AUGGCAAAGAUUCUGAGAACUUCCGACCAGCCGAUUUUUGAGUGUCCAGGAAAAUCCUGUCUCAAGUCAUCCGUGACGUAUAGCUCUUUCAGUAUGGCGGAGACUCAGUCACUCAACUUCGUAGACGAUUGCACCACGUUCAACUCCGGCUUGUGGAAAACAGCCAACUGGCGUAUGGGCCUAGGAUCAGUCCUGGCCGCAAAUGUCAGCCCAAGUGGCGGCGGAGUGCUUAACUUUGAGAUUCCCAUGGGAACCCAUGAUGGCGGCGAGAUUGUUUCCAAGGCACAAUACCCUUUCGGCCAAGUCGCAGCACAGUUCAAAGUCCCGAACUUGCCUGGCGUCAUCUCCAGCAUCUUCAUGUACCAAGGGACUUCCACCAGCGACGAGAUUGAUAUCGAAGUAUAUCUUAACAGGGGCAGAUGGGAGGUUGCAUUUACUGUUUACCGUUUGGGAGUCAAGUCGUGGUCGAAGGGUUACUUCCCACCGUGGAACCCUAGUUCGGAAUAUUUCGACUAUGUGAUCGACUAUCAGGAGGACGCCAUCUCGUUCUAUGCCAACAAUGAGAUGGUAGCCCAAUAUGCUUCGCCGUCGAAGCAACCGGUCCAUCCGAUGAAUAUUCAGCUCAAUGCCUGGUUCCCAGAGUGGCUUGAAGGCAAAUCGGCAUCGGCGACUCGUUACUUGCAAGUCAAUCAAAUCUCAUUCACACAACCCUAG